GGGCGGAGUCAGAGGCGGGGCGAAGCUGAAACUUCAGACACGCUGAGAUCUGAGCAUCACUCGAGGAAUAAAGCACUGAAUUCAAGACAACAUGAAACUCUGUUACCUGCUACUGCUGUCAGUGCCAGGGCUGGUUCUGGCUCAGGAUCAGAACUAUGAUGAUUAUUCAGAGAUCUUCGGUAACAGCAACAGUUAUGACCCCUUCUACUAUCCGGCCGUUUCUCAGCAGGUUUUACAAGCUCAGACCUCAGAACCAGGACCGGCCGUGGAUUUUCAGACGGAGCCGACCGAACCUGGACCGCUGGACUGUCGUGACGAACAGUAUCCCUGCACUCGUCUCUAUUCUGUCCAUCAGCCCUGCAAACAGUGUCUCAACAGCAUCUGCUUCUACAGUCUGCGGCGGGUUUAUGUGGUUAAUAAGGAGAUCUGCGUGAGGACCGUCUGCGCUCACGAGGAGCUGCUGAGAGCGGAUCUGUGUCGCGAUCAGUUUUCUCGCUGCGGUGUAGUUGCGCUCAGCGGCCAGUGUGGGGCGAUGGGGGGCAGCUGCGCUAAGAGCUGCGGAUCCUGCUAAACACACACACACACACACACACACACACACACACUGGUACCGCCUUUCAGACGCUGACACACACUACAACUACAGCUUUAGGAUAAAAACAUCUACGCAAGUGUGCAAACACAAUGCUAGCGCGCGAGUGUAACUCAGAUGUCUGUGACGUUAGUCAAGCAGCUGCUAUAAACAUGUCAAUAGUUCAACUAACUAAACUAAUAGUUAGAACAACCAGAGCCCGUCUACGGAGAGCCUUCCCACUCCCUAUUAAGUCCUAUUGUACCGAAUUUUGGUUGCAGUUCCACCAGAGUUCCACUGGGGGCGAUCGCCACGAGUGCAAAAUGAAUGGGAAUCUAUGGGGCUAGAAGGCUAAAU